CUUUAAAAAUACAUUGGCGCUGCUUACUUUUUUGUAAGUCAUUUAUAUCUUAUAAAAACUUUGCUCACGAGUUUUUUUUAUUUCUUUUCUUUGUCGCCAAGUAGUUACUUCAAAAUUUUAAUUAAAAUGACGAUGAUUAGAGAUAUGAACUUAUUUUUAUUUUGAGCUUUAUUGCCGCCUUUUAUUCCGAUUAACAAUAGUUAUCAUAACAAAAGAAAAAAUAGUUUUAAAAGAAUUUCCAACAAACAAGCAACCUUUCUUCCUACGUAUUGCUUACUAUAAUUUAGCUGGUUGACAUAUGUUUCAUUUUAUUUUUAACAACAAAAGCGAGAAUUUGAUUUUAGUUUAAUAAUCUACUUGUGUACGAAAUGGUUCAUUCAAAUUGUACCUCCUUAAAAGACCAUUUUAAUGAUGAAAACGAUGCUUCAGAUAUUUUGGUUUUUUGUCACACCUUAAACAGCUUUAAUCCGAAUGUAACUUCUGCCGAAAACUUUUUCAACGGGUUUUGUUGUUUAAAUGCAAGUUUAACCAAACUCUGCGUCGAUUUUAUAAAGUCAUAUGUAAAUAACCCAAUCAAUCUUAAAUGUCCCAAAUCUUUUGAUUUUAGAGAAUACAGCUUGUACACAUAUCUACUGCUAUCAAUAUGUUUGCCCCUCGGGCUGGUCGCAAACUCUUUAAUUCUUUACGCUGUUUUACGUCACCGAAGUUUACCGAGACCAACCGGCUAUUUUUUGUGUAGUCUAGCAAUUGGGGAUAUAGGUGUUAUAUUAAUGUUUAUUUGUUACGUGGUUUAUAAUCAUUGCAGCAAAAGCACUCCGGGCAGAGUCUAUUUAUUUUUGAUACCAUCAUUUAAUAUUUUUUUUGCCGCAGUAUCUUUACUCCAGAUAAGCACGAUCAGCGUUGAAAGAGCGAUUGCUGUCUCGCUUCCUUUAAGCUAUUCAAAGUAUAUUACUUCCUACCGAGCAAGGUGUUCAACUCUUUUUGUUUGGGCUAUAAGUGUAGCUCACUUUGUUUUAUCUGUUAUGCGGAUAAAUUUAAAAUCUAAAACAUACGAAAACUUUUUUAUAAUUUUGUGUAAAGUAACAUUACUUUUUGUACCAAUGACUGUUGUUUUAUUUUGUUACGUACUAGUUCUUUACAAUGCGUAUCAGCAAUUAAAACAAGAGAAAAAACGAUUAAAAACCCUCUCAUCCGUUAUGUGUCCAAGGAUAAACGAAAACAAGAAUAUGCAUAAAAAAAUUUAUAAAAACUUGCGACAGAAUCGCUUUAAAGAAUUAAAAAUAUCUUUAAAUAUUGCGGUUAUAGUUUUGCCUUUCCUUUGCUGCUGGGGUUUUUUUACGUUUGUUCAUGUAUUUGAAGCAGGAAACAUUAAAAUUGAAGGAGUUGCUAAUUGGUUUAUAAACACUUUACCUUUUAUUGUUUCGAGUACAAAUCCAAUUGUUUAUUUAGUACUAACACGCUCCUUGAGAGAAACCGUUAAGUCACUUUUAAUUUUGAAAAUUUCAAAGUGGUUUAAUUAUCAAGAGAGUGAGCGAAUAACAUCAACAAUGACAUCAAUGAUGACUAAAGAGUACGAUGAAAAUAAUUUAUAACAAACUUUGCAAAAAAAAAAAAACUACGCAACAUUUUAAUUCAGUCAAGCUUUCUAAAUUCGUUCCUGGCGAAUGAAUGAAAUGGUUGUCCAAUGCAGUUGAUAAUCUUUGUAAUUGGAUGCGCAGCUCAAUAGCUAACUCGAUGCAGUACAAAAAAUUAGAACUUGGAGUGAAAAAAACUUAUUCAAAAACAGCUUUUUAAAAACAGACCUCUUCUCUUAAAAAAGUUCAAACUACGCGCAUUUUGUGAUAUUUUAAUUUUAUUUUGAAGCUUUAACGUAGUUUUUCUCGCUGGUUUU